CUCCAACUCCAAAGCAUAUAUGAUAACUUAGGUGGUAUGCAUAGAGCCAUGAGAAAAAACCAUACCAACCCUCAUUUUAUUAUUAUAAUUAUACACUAAUAACCAUAAUUUAAUAUAAAGAAAAGAAAAUGAAUUACACUGACCACCAGAAAAAAGAAAACGAAAACGAAAAGGAAAGGUAAACUUACACUAUUCUCCCCGGCUAAGCCUUAGCUAGCCCAAGCCCUUCUAGCUGAGCCCAAUAUCCAGCCCAACCCAUGCAGCCUUCUUCUUUACUUCUUCUUCCUUCGCCUCUCACGAUCAUUAAUCAUUAUCAGUCUCACACCCACUCCGAAAGUCCCACACUUUGUCGAUCAAUCUUCAGACUUGUUUUGCUCCCCAAAAAGGCCAAAAGUGGAACAUCCUAGGUGGGAAAGAAGCUUUAAAUUGUAGCACAAAGUUAUACAGAUGGCGUUGAGGCGCUUUUUAGGGUUUUCGGAUGGCGAGCUGAUGAGGUCGGAUGCAAAACCUUGUUCUAGAUUGAUGAGACACACUGCUGGUAUUUUCAGUGUUGGCGGAGCAUUGGGAUUCUGGAUCCUUUGUAGACUGCAUUAUGGACCCAGAAUUACAGUUCCUAGGAGUCUUCGUUGGGCAGCAUGUGGCGCAGUUUCUAUGAGCUCAACCACUGCUUUGCUGGUUCGCUUAUUUAGUCCAGAGUGUGAGCCCCAAAACAUAGCUACUUAUGACAAAGGAAAUUAGCACUAAGUUCAUGAAAGUUUUAUUGCUAUUCUAAGCGAGUUCAGUUGGGUUUGUUAAUCGUCAUUAUGGGAGUGAUUCAAAUAUGGAUAUUUGGUUUUAUGCUACAUGUUUUUUCCUUGAAAUGAAUGCACCAUUUGAUUAUGAAAUGAACAGAUUCAUAAGAUCUUUGCACCUUACUAGUUCAACAUGUUUCCAAACGAUUGAGAACAUCAACCAUUUUCUUAGAAUAAAAAAUCUUUGUUCCUGCCAUUUUCAUAGGAAACCCUUGCAGCUGAACUUGUAAGAUUUUUUCCGUCCAAAAUGAGCAAAUGCAAAAAUGAUUCUUGAGUGCCUGCAAAGGCUUGAACAAUUUGUAAGUAGGGCAAUUAAGAGGAAAAGGAAAAACUUUGUCCUUAUAUCUUGAAAGGGAACCCCGCUAAAGACAUAUUGGAUGGUAUUGUCUUCAUGUUUUGGCAAAUUGGCAUGGGAAUUUCAGGUUCCAAACAAUAGAUCCCAAUAGGCUAAGGUGCAAAACAAAAAAUCGAAAGAAAAAAUUAAAAAUAAAUUAAAAAAAAGAACUCUUCAAAGUAGGGUGGCAAAAGCUUUGCUUGUGAGUAAUUGACCUUUAAAUAUGUUUUACUUGUAAAAAUACAAUUUGACAUUCCAAAUGAGUUUCCUUUAUUUUUGAAACGCCGCAGUAGAUUGCUUCCUUCCCAAGAUAAAAACUAGCCGUAAAGCCACGCUUCAGUCUUUUCCUUAUUUUCCUUGCAGAACAUUAGGGAAAACCCACAUUUCAAGUUUCAAUCACGCUGAGAAAAGAGAAAGCUUUAGCUACAAGGUAGCUAGCCAUGGCGAGCGGGAAGUCGGUGAUGGCUUUGAUCAAAGCCCUGAAGCCCGCAUUUCGCAACGGCAACGACAACGACAAAGUGGUUUUUGCCGUUCACUCUUUCUUCUUAGCUUCCGGCUACGAGCUCACCGCCACAGGUCCCCCUGCCUUCAACCCCUCUGGCCUCACCUCUGCUUCCACAGAUGAAGUGGGUAUUCAGGACUGGAACGAGCUUGACGACCAGUACGCCUUCAUCUACGUGAACCCGGAAAAGGGUUCGAGGAAGGUGCUCGUCAAGUGUCUUGUAAUGGAGGGAAAAUUGCAUGUUUAUUAUGCUUUGACUGAUGGGUCUUCUAAGCAUGUGGAACUUGAUGUUGGCGACUAUGUUGAGGAAAAUGGAGGCGGCAAUUACUCCAGACAGUUCAAGAAUAUGGAGAUGUUAGUGACACGUCUGGAGUCUCUGCAGAAUUUGAGGUAUUUGGAAACAACUGAGACUAACUGUGUGAGGAGGAUCAAAAUUGAAUCUCAUUCUGGUCCUGUUCCUGAAACUCAUCUUUCAGGACGCAAAAGAAAGGAGCGCCUUACUCUAUGUGAGGACAAGGAAACUCCAGCUAACACCACCAAUGUCGCCAUGGCCGGUUCUGUCAAGCAUGUGUACAGCAUAAGGCGAGUGAAGCAUAAGAUAGGUUCAGGGUCAGAUGAAGCAGAUGGUCUUGGCAUACUGAUUGAGGACAAGAAAAUGGAUAUUAAGGAGCCUCAUGAUGUUCCAGCUACUGCCCUCAUGGCCGAGCCCGUCCCUGCUCCUAAGGCUGCUGACUCUGUGCCUGCAACCCAGUUCCAUCAUUUGUCAGAUGAGAUGCUACCAUCACCACUGAAGAAAAUAAGUCCUCGCCAUCUCCAAGAUGGAGAAGUGUACCGAGGUGGUAAAAGGAUGAAACGAUGAUGCCGUGUUGGAAAAUAAUCAAAGAAGAAAAGAGCCCAAAAGAAGCCUGAAACUUGAAUGGACUAGUCUGAGGCUUUGACCCCAAAUUUACAACAUGUAGACAUAAAUCUAGCCCAUAUUGUCAAAUUUCUAUUUUUUUUGGGUUUGUAGCCCAUAGUUAUUGAGGCUAAUAAUAAUGCGACACGUGGCACCACAUCGCUGUCGUUGGUUCCACAAUUAAAGGCUUUAAUCCAUGAAGUGAAAGGGAUUUGAGAUCGAACAAAAACACAACACAAACCCAUUACUUGUCCUAUUCUUGGAUGCAAGUCAUUAUAUAAGGAGGGCCCCAUAUAUGGCUUUUAGGUGA